AACGUUUAUUCAGGUUUGUGUUUAGAUGGUAAGAAAUUAGUCUUGCUUGUUCAUGUUGAAAAUAUCAAAAGUUGUUCUAUGUAUCAGGAAGCAAUCCCCCAAAUUAUUGAGAAAACGAAGGCAGAUUUCUUUACGAAUAUCAAAGGCAUACUGAAGGAGGCUGCAGACUUAUGCUAUGAUAGUGUUAAUGACAUAACCUGCAUGAGUUGCGCUAAGAAACCUGGGGCAGCCAUGUCUGCAAUGGUCAAGUUGGAUCUUUUGUUGUUGGAAGGAAUUAAUGAUGAUAUAGAGUUCUGCAUGAAGCUUGCUCAGGAGGAAUCUGUCCUUGUUUUUCCAGGGGUAGCUGUGGGAAUGAAGACUGGAUUCGCAUUACUUUUGCAAUCACACAUCCGUCUCUCGAAGAAGGGCUUGAAAGAACAAAAGCCUUUUGCAAACAGCAUGCCAAGAAUCAUUAAUUAAGGAGAUUUAUAUUCUUUUGGAUGUUAAAAUUGAGUUGUUAAUUAACUAGUAAGAACCCCUGCUCAAAACCGCAAAACGAAAAGGGUCUUGGAGAUUAUCUCCUGCUUUGGUUUGACCUAUUUCUACUAAGUACAAUGGUGUCCACGUUACAUCUUAGCAUUUGUUU